CCAACCGAACCGGGCAUUGAGCGGGCGAGUGACGAGUUUUAAAUUGUUCUAAUUAGUGACAUGCACCGGAAAAUCAUAGAGGAACAAUGAAAACUAAGAAGCCCAAAGCUGCAAAGUUGGGAAAGAAAAAUAAAAGAAUAAGUGAUGUCAUACCAUCUACAAGUUUGCCACCACUUGUUGAAGGUCAGAUUCAAUGUUUCCUAAGGAUAACAGUCAGCAAAAUUGUGUGGUUCAUUCCCAAGCCUCUAGUUGCCCCUCUUGUUAGACUGCGCUGGUGGGGUGAAACUUCCACUGGCACAUUGUUUCACCCAAGAGAUUCUUCACAUGCUGAAUCUAAAUCUGUGAAAACCACUGCUCGAUAUGCUGUUCAUUGUGGACCAAAGCAGUUUACUUCUUACCUUGAAGAUAUGGGUGUGCUGAUAUUGGAUGUGAUGACAAAAGCUGACCAUCUCCCCAUUGGUCGAGUUCAGAUAAAUGGAAUAUCACAGCUGUCACCCACCUAUGACAUUAGUGGAUUUUUCACAGUUUUUUCACCCACCUCGGAGAAACUUGGAGAACUGCAGGUAUUACUUGCUCUGGAAUCUCUACCUGAUACUUUUGAUAGUGGCUGUUCUGUUCCAAUCACUGACACGAGUGUGGAUGGUGGAGUGUCAAUCCGAAGUCCUGCUGCAGCGCAUGCUUCAGGAACUGGAUCUUUGGAAAAUCUUGCUCUUCGUAAAUUGUCAUUAAGCAGCUUAAGUGGGAAGGAGUCUCUGUCAAGUAGUGCUUCAAAUACUCCCAGAGGAAAAGAUCAUUUGUACUUCCAGGAAAAUGCAAAAAGUCCCACAAAGACAAAUAUUUCUGAAAGUAAUCAACUGCAGAAUUCUGCUUCUUUGGCACCCACAAAGACUUCUGACUCUGAAAACAAAAGUACGGAGAAACGUGUACUGUCAGUAGAAAGCCAGAAUACUAAAAAUCUCAUUUCAGUUCUUCUAGACCGAGGUAGCAAACUACGAAAUGCGAUGGUAGUUUCUGCAAUGAAGACUGCUCCGAACGGUGAAUCUGCAUUAGUGGACAUUUCUUCGUCAACUCAUUGUCAAUCUAUUGAUGUGCCAAAAUGGAAAAUGCCUCAAUCCCCUAAUGGAAAACUGUUUCAUAAUUUGCUGGAAUCAGAAGAAAUUUCCCCAACUAAAGAUACUUUACUACCUUCUCCUGAACACCCACUAAAGGAAUGUUAUCCUAACACAGAGGCCACAGCCAUCAAGUUGCUCCUUGGGAGUACUGACUCCAUCCCUCUCCAUUACUGGCAUGGUAUAUAUUCCCCUCCAGAGUCUUUAUCUGGUGGAAGUAAUAUUCUUGAUGCAAGCGAAUUGAACGAUCCUCAUUAUGAUAAGAGUCUGCUGGAAAACCUCUUCUACAAGGAUCUUAAUUAUGAAAGUAGUGUAAGUGACUUUACAAGUGAAGAUGAGGAAUUAGUUACUUCAGAGAAAAAACUGGGGACUCAAGCCCUCCGCAGAUCUGAUGCCCUUAACCAGAACAGCUUAUCCCAUGCACCAGAUUUGAAUCAAAAUAAAAUGCAAAUGUCUAUCAGUCACCAUCGACAAGAUCCUGUAUUGGACAAAGAACAGGAGAUACCUACAGUUGAGUUGAGUGUAGAUAGACUUGCUCUGCUGGGGCGCAUUCAUUUGGCUCGUGUUAUAAUUGAAACAUUAAAGCUUCCCUCAGAGAGCACUCGAACAACUCCAAAAGAAAAGGGCAGCAGAGGAAAGCCACCUCGACCUGUUUCAGGAAGGAAAUGCACUUAUAUUGUUGAGUAUAAUUUUCCCAUGGCCACAACUUCAAAGAGUGGAAUGCAAGAGCUUUCCAGUGGAUCUGAAAUUACAAGAGUAGCUUCCAGCAAAGUUACAAAGGAAGUUGUAAAGUUCCAUCAACGGUUUGUUUUUCCCGUCUGUUUUGAUGGAUUGAUGAUAGAGCAUUGGUGGAACUCCAGUCUUGUGUUCAACAUUUACUCUAAGAAGAUGACACAGAAAAAGCCACUUUUGAUCGGUUCAGCUAGUCUUGCCCUUCGGACCAUCGUUCAAUCAGAUUUAUUAAGUAUAACUAGCGAAUUACCUGUGAACAUGUGUGACAAUAAGGAAAAGCAGGAACAAAUUGGUCCUUUAAAGGUAUCCAUGGAGCUGGCUGCUGACAACAAAGAUUUCACCAGUGCUAAUGCCAGAUUAGCUGCUUCUCCAAAGGCUGUUUAUGCUGUUUCUAGCCCGGGACCAAAACUCCUGUCAGCUCACAAUACUGUUGAUGUAUGUCCAGUCGAUCUGCAGGCUCGUGAAUUAGUCAGGAAAGGAAAUACUGAACCUCAGUUGAAGCAAAGUCACACAAAGAAUGCUUCCAGAAUUUACAAUGUAAACUACCACCAUCUUCCCUCUGUACCUGCAGCACCAAUUUCAAUAGGACAGUUCAAUUCUUCAGUAGAGGAAGAAGAAGGUUUUUUACUCCAUGUUCUUCUGAUGGUACCUGAUGGAAAGGACUUUGUCAUGGGAGAUGCUUCAGUCCAAAAACAAUGCAAUAUAUACCUAAAAUGUAAGCUUUUCAGCACAGAUGAAGCAACCAGGUCCCCGGUUAGCUGGAACACAGUUCACCCCAUUUUUAAUUUUUCACUGGUAGCUCCAAUCACAUUGACUUCCACACUGCUUGAGAGGAUGAAAAAUAAUAUGAUGAUUAUAGAAAUCUGGAACAAAGCAAUUACCUCAGGGCAAGAAAAUCUACUAGGCCUUGUGAAGCUUCCACUUCAUCAAUUUUAUUUAUCUUUUAGGGACCCAAAGAUUUCUCACUUAUUGCUCCAAGCUCAAUAUCCUGUGGUUGGUGUGGACAGCUACAUGCCAAUGAUGGAUGUUUUCACAGGCAGUCAAAGAGGUAGCCUUCGAGUUCUAUUAGCAAUGGGUGGAGCAGAUCAGAUAACAGCACUUCAGAGACUAAAAAGUGAUGAGGAGAUAUCUAUCUCUGGUUUCCAAAGGAUGCCUCAUUUCUUGGAUGCAGUGCCAUCAGUUCUAUCAAAGUUCAACAGAGAGAAGACAGAACCACUGAUGGAACACAUUUUUGAAAUUAGUGUAAUAAAACUGAAAGGACUGACUCCCUUGCAGUCCACUGUUUGGGGAGAGGCAGACUGUUACAUACAAUAUUAUUUUCCAACUCAAGAUGCUAAUGUCAUAACUGAGACCUUGCCAGAUGUAACCGGUAUCAUCUUGAAGUCUUUUCGCACAGCUACUACAUUGUGCGUUCCAGAUCCUGUAUUUAAUGAUUGUCAGUGUCAUUUGCUUCUGAUCCCAGUGGACCUUCCUGUACAGAGAAUACUUUUGGAUGUUUGCUCAAAGCAAAGAUCUGAAGGAGGUAGUGGCAUCCAGUUUGAGGUUUGGUGUAGGUAUUAUUACCCUAAUGUUAGAGAUCAGGUCGUUGCCAGAGGUGUUCUCCCUUUGUCCAAGCUAUGUGGUAUGGUGACAAUGCAACAUCAUAAGGAAGUUGGAGUUCAAACCUUCAGUGUUCCUCUUAUUCCGAGGACAGACAAUGUUGAAAAACAUCUUCCACAUUCCACUGGCUUGUUGGACGUAAGUGUAAAAUACAAAUCUUCUGUAAAAGCAAUUGAGGAUGCCAGAGAAGGUAUCAUAUCAUCUAAAGCCGUGGUCCUUUCAGUACAGCUGCUUCGAGCUUCAGGUUUACAAGCUGCAGCAAGGGCUGCUGCAGAAAGGAACAAUUUCUUGCAAUAUCAAUCUGAAGUUGGCGUGAACACUUACGUGACAAUUCAUAUCUCCUUUCUUCUGGAAAAUGAAAAACGGCGCACUAAGGUUGUAGCUCGUACAUUCUGCCCAGAGUUUGAUCAUUAUUCUGAGUUUCCAUGUAACCUUAUAAUCCAGAAGUCAAAUGGGGAGAGCUUCAGUUUGGCUGAACUACUUGAAUCAUCAGAAGCUGUGUUUACCAUUUAUCAUCAGUCCAAUAAAACUGCUAAGCCAAGUACAAUUUUAAUUGGUUCAUCAAGAGACAUUGAGUUGGGAAGUGUGCGUAUUCCACUGGCAAGCCUGCUGGCGAGGCGGACAGGUAUCUCUGGCUGGUAUGCAGUGAAUCUUCCAGAAGCUGGUGCUUCUGUUCAGCGUUGUGGCACUCCGCCAUAUGUGGGUGGUGGUCUUGAAAUUUCAAUCUACUUUGCACAUCCCAGUGAUAGAGAGCGUGUCAUAAAGGCUGCAGAGGCACUGGAGUGGAAGAUUGGAAUGAGUGGAGAAGAUGAUGAAAACUGGGAAUGCACAGAGAGCAACAUGUUGCUCACAAUAGCUGUACCUCGCAUAUGGCUUCCCUUGCACUGUUUACUGCUGGCCGGUCAAGCACAUCUGAACAAAUAUACUUUCUGUUAUCUACGUUAUAAAUUCUAUGAUAGAGAUGCUUUUUGUACAACUCUUCAAAAGCCUAUUUUUACUGACGUUCAGAGCCUGGUAACAGUAAGCUUUGACCAGGCAAAGACUGUAAUUCUGAAAAGAACCCAAUCCUUGGUCUGGUACUUAAAAGAAGAAAGACUAGAAGUACAGGUGUGGAUGGCAUAUGGAAAAGACAAGGUUCAAAGACCUCACGAUACUGAUCGUCUGAUUGGAUAUUCAUUCAUCGAUCUAUCGACACUGACAGAGAAAACAUCAAGAAAACUUACAGUUAGUGGUAUUUAUCCACUUUUUAAACGAGGUGCUUCUGACCUGUCAGGUGCAGCUCUGAGGUUCCAUAUCACACUUACACCAAAUGAUUUUCCACCUUCUACCACUGAAUAUUCUUCUCAGAGAACAAACUGUUCCGAUGAUGAUCAUGAUUAUGAAUGCAGUGCCAAGGAAGAUGUUCAGCUCAUUAAUGAAGCAGAGGAAAUAACAGAAGUGCAAGUUGAUGAUGAAUUGCCCACAGAUUCUAUCCUUGAAUGCAACAAGGUGGCUAAUGAGAUUCAUGAGGUAGACCUGGCAAAGACAUUUGCAGUGAAUGUUGUAGUGGAGAGAGCUAUGCAUCUAAGCUUGAAAGGAUGUCCUUUGACAGAACAAACUGGAGUUAAGCCAAGUUCCUAUGUGUCAUAUUCUACGUCAACCAAUCCCACUCCUAUAAGAACUCCUCUGUUAGAAAAUUCGUAUUGUCCUAUCUGGGAACACCAGCAGCAAACAAGGCUGCCCAAAGAGUUAUUAUUGGAUCCACAGCAAACACUAGUUUUCAAAGUAUGGCAUAAAGCAGAUAUUGACCGAGUUAUAGGAUUUGCAUCUGUGGAUCUUUCUCCUUUAUUAUCUGGAUUUAUGUCUAUUUGUGGCUGGUAUAAUAUCACUGACUUUAGUGGCCAGUGCCAAGGACAACUUAAGGUGGCAGUUACUCCAAUGGAGAAUAUCUGUCAGCUGAGAGAAAAGCGAUGGACCCUGGCACGAAAACAGCCAGCAAGUGUUGCUCCUACCGUGGAACCCUUGUUGUAUAAGACCAGUGCCAAGUAUAACUCAUUCCCUAGUCACAUCUCCAAAUAUUCAGAACAAGUCAUCAGUACAUCUUGGAAUCCUGAUGCUUUCCCAGCCAGUGACAGGUCACUCAACAUGGAAGUCCAAGGCUCACGCCAUGGGGAGCAUAUGGAAAAUGUCCGUAGGUUUCACCAGUCCUUGCAACAGAUGGAGUACAACAUGCAAAGUGCUGGGAACAUGGAACCUCUACCACAAACUUCACGGGCUGUACUUUUUAGUGCUCUAAGGAGGAAUCUCAAUGAGCUGGAUGACAUACAAAAAUAUUUCAGUCAGAAGCUGUCUUCAACUCCAUUUGCGCACAUGACUAGUACCAUCCCACAACAAAGGGCAAAUGUUGCUAAUACAAAUUUUCACCAUGGAUCACCAAAUAGCAUUGAUAAUGAACAGCAUCUUUUGGACAUUUCAAAUGAACAGGUCCACAAAUAUCGCAAUGUCAUUAGUGCUGGUUUGCAGAGAAACAAAGCGGAUAUUGCUGAUCAGAGACCCUCUGCACAGGACAUUGAAGAUGAAGAGGAAAUAGCAGAAGAUACGCCACGGCAAUCAGAAAAUGGGAAACAACAAGAUUUACUUAAUACACAACCACCAGAGAGAAAGAACAUGAAGAUCCACCUUCCUCAUUUCUGUGCACCAGCAAAUUUAGAUUUGGGACAGAAUAAACAUAAUGAAGUUUUUGAUAAAGGCAAUAUAAAUGACCAAAAUAACGAAUACAAUGUAGAAGUUGAGCACCAGCAAAACCAUUAUGCAAGUGACGGAUUUAGUGAAGAAGAAUAUGAAGAAGAUGUGAUACAGCCAAAAAUCUUAAAUGACGUGACUGUUAUGACGGACAGAACUAGCCCUUGGUCUAGUAUUUUGUCAGAUUUAGAAGAAGAUAAUAAGCAUAAGUAUGAAGAUAAAAGAGAAACAUCAGAACCAAUUGGAAAUGGAAGUGUGGCUAAUGAACAAGAAGUGGUUUCCAUUAGUGUGGAUGAUGAGAUGUUUACUGAAGUACCGCAAAAUGAAAAUUACAAGUUACCUAGCAGUAUCGCAGCUUCUGAGUCCCCUCGUACAGAAAAGUCUUCAGUAAAUGAAGUAACAGAACUUGAUAUGUUAAAUGAGAAUUUAAUUCUCCAAAGUGAAUGUGGCUUAGAUCUAAAGUUACAAGAAAAUCAGUUCUCUGAUGAUCGCGAGACAUUUUUCUCAAACAGUGGUGAAGCAGAUCUGACACAAGAAAAGAAAGACUUUACAAGAUUUGACACUUUCUCCAGCAGAACAUUUUUGCCAAUGGAUAAGGACGAAACAGAUCUUAGAAUAAAAAAUAUUCAUGAAGACUAUUGCCGUGGUAAUAAAACGAAAGAACUUGAAAACAAAGAGAACCAAGUAUCCUGUAACGACAGCAAUGAAGAACCACAGGUUUUAGAAGCUGGUGGAGAGGGUGUUCACAGAAAACACAAGGGAACUGCUGAAGCAGACACUGAAGGAGAUAAAUUUUCAGACCAAUUACCAGAUCCAGUUAUAUUUCCAAACUUUUUUCUUCCACCAAGUCAUUUAGAAGCUUCAAUGAGAAUGCUAAAUGUUCCACGGUCAUUCCAUACACCAACAACAAAUCCAAAUGAAAUUCCAAAUCUGACAAGAACUUCUCGACAGAGCAAUCGACAAAAGUUAACUUCAAAGGUGUUAUCUAAAGAAGAAACCAAAAGAAUUGCAAAGAUUUUUGCAGGGCACUUUGCAGAAGAAAGCUGAAACGAUCUUUUUAAUCAAUAAUGCUUUAAAAGCCUAUGUACUUCACACCCAAAAAUCAGUGAGUGUCCAAGUAAAUUCAUCCAGGAGUUAAUGGUACAUGUGACUAUUGAGUUGUAUAGUACUUGGACCUGAACAGUGAGUACUGUAAAACUGAUUACCCUACUCUUCAGUUCCUUUGGCUGCUGCAAAAAAAGCAUAGUUCAUUCAUAUAGUUAUCAGAUACUGUUACUUCAGAACAUUUAGUGCAUUCAAUCCUUUCUUCAAAGUACACAAAGACUUUAGCAGAGAUUAAAGUUUUGAGUGUGCUUCCAAGCCUUGGCAUUAUCCACUGACAUUUACACUAUUUGCUCCACAACAAUGUAAACUCUAUGCACAGCAUCCAAAAUGGGAGGUUUUAGGGCACUGAAGAACACUCAGUAUACAUUUGCAAGGUGGUGUCUUUUCUAUAUUCUGUACAACAUAAAAUAUUGAAGUGAUACAUUGGCAACAUGCUUCAUUACAACUUUUUCAUUGCUCAUUUAUAAGAAAAUUAUUUUCCAAAUAGACCAGUUCACACGAUCCAUUUAAAUGGCACUAAUUACUGAAGCAAUCUAUUGUCACCUAACAACUGAAGGUUAAUGAACUUUCUUCUCAAGUCACAACAAUGUUGGCUAUAGGGGUUUCUUGUACUUGAGCUGGGAGUGAUCCCAUUUUUCAAUUAUAUGUAAUUGUAGCUGAACAUUCAACAUGGGAGGAUUUUGUUACAAAUCUGAUAUCAUUCAGUUAGCCUGGUGUAAAACAAAGAGAAGAGACUGUUUUUGAGAAUAAUGCUGCAUACUGGUCAGAGGUAUGUAGUGAAGAAAUGUGAAUACCCAGUCUUGGUUCUUACUUUGAUAUGCAGCACAAUCAGGUUGUGUGAACCAAUGAGGUAGAUCUUAAAUGGGAGCCAACUGCUUACUUGGUUGCAUAUUAUUUUGGAACUGCACUAUCUUUGGUAAUAUGGUUACUUUAGGCCAGUAACACACUAAAAUUAGACGAGUGGUAAACUGUCAGUGUUUUUUUAAAUAUAACAAGAUUCACUGUGAUAAUGUGAGAAUCUAAAAGUACUGAAGACAGGAAAUACCAUAGGGCAGGGUAUACUUGUGGUUAAAGGGUUGCAUCAGUCAUAAUGCUGUUGAAUGUAUUUUUGUAUGAAAUAAGUUAAAUCUUGUAUUUUAAUAUUUUUAUCAGACAGAAUUAUGUUUAUGAAAACAAAAUUGCCAUUUGAUAAUAAAUUAUUUUAAAUGUAUUACAAUAGUUUCAUUUGUGAUGGGUUUGAGGCUAUACAUAAUUCUGGUGAAGUUUCUAUCCUGUCUUGCUGCACCAAUUUGUGAUAUGUUAAUAAUAUAAC